AUGAAAUUCAACACAAAAUGGGACUUUAAGGAGGCUGUUAGGGAGUUCACAAUCCAAGAGGGCAGAAGGAUUAGGUUCAGGAAGAAUGACAAUGUGAGGAUGAGGGCUACAUGUCAGGUGAAAGGAUGUCCAUGGGUGGUGUAUGCAUCCAGGGAUCAUGAAUAUACGUGUUGGCAAAUAAAGACAUUUGUUAAUGAUCAUACAUGCCCAAGGGAAGACAAGAACAUGGCAGCUAACAGAAAUUGGGUGGCCAGUAAACUAGUGAAGAAGGUUAGGAAGUACCUAAAUUUCAAGCAUUGUGAUGCUGCCACUUACUUCAAGUCAAGGUUUGACUUGACCUUGAACAAGAACUUAAUUUCAAGGGCCCUCUUUGAUGCAAGAAAUGCUGUGUUCGGGGAUGAAAAGGAACAAUACAAAAUGCUGAGGGAUUAUGGUCUUACACUUCUCAAGACUAAUCCUGGAUCAACAUUUGAAAUUUGUUGCACUCCCCAACCAGAAUCUGAUCCAGUAUUUGAUAAAAUAUAUGUGUGCUUGAAUGGAUACAAGAAUGGUUUCAAAGCUGGAUGCCGACCGUUGAUUGGAUUGGACGGUGCUUUCUUGAAAACUCAAUUUGGUGGCCAAAUUCUUUCGGCAGUGGGUCAGGAUGCCAAUCACCAUAUCUACAUCAUAGCGUGGGCAAUUGUUGGCGUAGAAAACAAGGAGAAUUGGAAGUGGUUUCUUGAGUUGCUACACCAGGACCUUGGAGACUAUAGGCAACAUGGAUGGUGCUUUAUCUUUGACAUGCAGAAGGGAAUUGUAUGCAUUCUUAUUGGUGUUUGUGCUGAAAUCGUGGACUGUUAUGUGUAA